CUCCGCUGUUCAUUGUGCUCGUUCAAGACGUAAAAAACGUACGUUGUCGUUGAGAAAAACAAAGAAAAAGAUGAAGAAACGCUUUCACUCGGUUGGAGAGAAAUGACAUAGACGUAUCAGUAGUAGAAUGCUACUUGAGCUUAUCGGUCUGAGGCAUUGUUGCAUUCUGCUAUCCUCGUGCGUGUCCGUAGGUAGUAAGUUCAAAGCUUUUCAUAUUUGAGUUUUUCGUGAUUUUGAAUUCAAUGUGCGCACUACAGUUCCCCGAAAACAAAUUGAAGACCCCCCGUGAAGGUAAAGUAAGCAAUAUCAUUUAAGUUGUGACCUCGCAGAAGGGUUUCAGGGUUUAGGGUAGUUUAGGGUUCCUAGAUUUGAUUUAAGUUGUAGGCUCCUCAUCUUCAAGUUUUAAUUGAAAAGCAACAGCAACACUCUUUUUUGAUACAGAAAGUUCUUCGCGCCCCCUCCGCAAACAACAAAAUAUAUUCAUAAAGAAGUUAGUUACCGAACAGAAUAAAAAGCAUGUCCGAUCCUCUUUAUGGCUGGCCGCAGCCACCGAUAGUGAUUGCUGCCAGGGAUGGCAACCUCCAAAAGAUCCGGGCGUUGCUCGACAGCGAUCCCGACGCCGCGAACGCCUUCCGGUACCGACCUGGGAUGGUGCGGACCGACCAUUCCUGUUUUGUCAAAGAGGGCACCUACAAGGACCUUUCGCCGUUGAUCGCUGCUGCCGACGCGGGGCACGUCGACAUUGUGUUCGAACUCCUCAGUGCGGGCGCGUGGGUCCACUUCAAGUACUCGCCCGACGAUUCGCUGGAGUUUCAAGAUGAGGACGACGACACCGGAGUGGACGUUGAGGAGGUCGUUCGACUCAAAUUCAAUUUGAAACUCACGAAGCAGGAGCACGCGAAUUACAGGGCGAUCGAGCGGAUGGUGGCUGUGGCAGCAAGGUACUGCCAAAAACCCUGCCUGGGAGGGGGGCGUGUGCGACUGUCGCAGCCGCAGAAACUCGAGGCCGCGGAUUUCACAGUGGGUGAACUGAGGAAAAUCCUGCAGGACGACUGGAAAGCGACCCGAUGUGUCGAAAGGCGGACCAGGCUGGAGCUCGACGAAAGUAUGUGCGCGGACCUUGAAGACACUAGUAGUGCCGACAGCGAGGAGAACCUCCCGGUCAGGAGGAAACUGACGCCGAAGGUGAACAAGGUUCUGAAAAAGCUACACGCGGAACAAAUGCAAGAGUGGAAGAUCCUGCUGGGCGUGUUGCGGGUACAUAAAAAGAACAGCCCCAAGAAGAAAAAAGCGCUCAACGAGUUGCGGCAGGCGCGUCGUACAGUUUCAUCCGAUCACCCGGCCGAUCCGUCCUCAGAAUCUGAAAUGGAGUUGCUACGUUGUCCGGAGAGCUUGCAAGGAGCACGCGAAGCGAACAAAGCGCGCAAGCUGAACAAUGGUGCACGCCUAGACGUUGGAGUGCCGCGUGGCGAUGAAAAUUAUUGCCCGGAAAUGAGUACGAAGAGCUGCUACCUGAAUGAGGAGAAUCUCAGGGCCCUUGAUGAUGCUUAUCGCGAAAACGCCAGCAAAAACAAUGAAACCGCGCUUCCAGCAGCGAGGAACCCAAGUCGGCAGCCGGGGCCUCUGCCUAGCGCGAACCAGCACACGCCCGCUCCUAUCGUGCGUGCGGAGCCUGCCCUGGAGUCGAAGUCCAUGGCGAAAGGCAAAAAACCACAGGAGAAAGUGAUGCCCGCAGCCGUGGACUACAGCGGACAUCCCUUAUACCCAUUCCCUUGUCCACACUGCAUUUGGUGGUUUGUCAGCCAGGAAGCCCUGAACAUGCAUUCUCGCCAAUCGAUCCUCUGUCCAGGUUCGCAGUUCAACAUGAAAAGGCGGGCGGCCGCCGCAGCCACUGCUGGCACCGGGGCCACGGCAUGUUCGAAAAAGUAAGAGUAGCGCCGAGUAGUUGUGAUUAUGAGCUUUAUCAAGGCACGAAUGAGUUGAUUGCAAUUGCUGUAGAAAAUACACGGAAGUACAUGAUUAUUUUUUCAUAUUUUUUCAUCGAACUGCCAUUGCUAUUGCAUGCAGAUGCACCACGACCAUGACGAAGACGAUCGCAAAGCCCGUAUGUAUAACUUUUAUCUUUUCCCAUCAUUUUUUCUUCUAGAACUAGCAGUAGAAUAAAUCGUACUAGGUUUGGUUGCAGUCACACUACGUCUCACUACUUUUUCUUUGGGCAUCUUUCUUUGUACGUUUCACCUGCGAACAAAUUCAAAUAUUGGACAACCUGCACCUCAAAAACGCCUACGCCGACAAAAUCCAGACCUGCAUGACAGGCUUAUACUUCCCUAAAAAUUCUAAUUGAGAUGAAGAUAGAUCGAUGACAUGUAUAUUGUAUACCAUGCUUGUUUCAGCUUCACUUACAUUUUCCACGCUUUCCAAGUUUCCACAAAUCCUCGACCUCGACUCUGACGCAUGAUGGACUGUCCAUGACAUUUUUACUUAGAUCACGUCGACACCUUCUAGCCCCCAAUGUCAUCGCUAUCUUUUUCUUCGGUAGCUCGGUAAGAGCCACCUUAAAAAACUUACUGCCGCAGAGCAAACACGUUUUGAAAUUGAAUUCCAUUCAUUUAAAAUUGUGCGGACCAGCAUGAUCCCUAUCAAUUCUCCACGGCCUCGGCUCGACGAGAGUGGUCGCCAUCGCACGGUUCAUCCGUUAUGUUUUUUUUCAGCUGUCUGCUUUGGGCAGGCACGCAGAGCCUUUCCUGUUUUGAAAAAACCUCUCAGUCUGCCUCGUUCAUCUUUUGGGCAACAACUAUACUAAAGGAGAGCUGUCGUGCCGUAGUCCAGGGCGUUGCUUGUAGUUGCUGG